AUGAGCAGCUCCACACCUUCUCUACGACCCUCACCUCGAAUCAUCACAACACCUCGAUCUACUUCUCCCAAUUCACCCAUCGUACCCGGCAGCAACAACACAGCCUUUGCCUCGUCCUCUUCCACUUCGCCAAAUGUACAAUCAUCACGGCACAAAUCUCGUGGCUCUUUCGCCUCGCCCGUCGAAGUGUUAUCUCGAUCUCCAAAUGCCAGACGAAUGUCUAGAUCUGUCUACUCGCAGAGCGGAACCAUGUUACCGGAUGGUCCGAUGAAUGUGAAGAGGCUCUGGGAUCACCCAAUAAUACUCGCAGGGACCCUUCUCACAACUGUCAUGCUCUGCGGCAUCGUCUAUUCUCUCAUCUUCCACACAUCCCUCGACACUUCCUUACCAUCCUCAUUCCUCACCCGUGAUAGACCUGGUGCACCAUACCUCGCGCGAAAGUCAAAUAUCCUCAAUAGGCUGUUUGUGAAGUACUGUUGGGGCUGGACAUCCCUAGCUUUCAUUUCUCAUCUCAUCUCAUCUCCCCCUUCUGCUUCCUCCUCACGAUUCACUCGCCUCAUAGCUUUUGGAGCCGGAACGGCAACCUGGCUAGUAUUCACAACUUGGUUCUUUGGCGCUGGCCUAGGCGAUCGAGUCAUUGCUCUGUCAGGCGGCCACUGUGCCAUUACUGUGCCCUCAGAAUGGGGUGUCAACCCAGAUACGCUACGCCAUUUAUGGUCAGACAUCACAGAUUCCGUACCGACAUCAUCAUCAUCGUCGUCCUCAUCUCUCCUUGGCUCGGAUGGUGGACCGUUCCUCCUGCCGCUGCCUUCGAGCUUCUGCAGUUCCAAACUCGCGCUUACCCCUUCCACUCAUCCAACCCUUUUCAAAGCCCUCAAAGGGAGCAUGGACUCUACCUUACUGUCCCGCACACGGAUCCCUCAACCAAGAUGGCAUAAAGGCUUCGAUAUCUCUGGUCAUGCCUUUCUGCUCACGUUGGCUACCUUGCUUCUGGUCCGAGAACUGGCCCCGUCAUGGCGAAGCUUGUUGCGAACUCGACGUACAAUUCAUACAACGAUAACUCCGCUGUCCAUAGGGAGAGGUGGUAGCGUACAUCUCGCCAGUAUUUCCUUCGGGACUGCUUUGACGACUUUGUGGACCGUCAUGCUGGGCACGACGGCAGUCUAUUUCCAUAAUCCUCAAGAGAAGCUCUCAGGCCUGGCCCUCGGCCUCGGGUUCAGCGCUCUGAUACACGCUUUGACACCUGAAUCCUCCUCCUUGCUCAGUAGCCUACCUCAAACCAUAGGCACGAUCCACGAGGACGAGAAUUCUGCACGGCGCGGGAAAAUAGUGGACGAUGGAGAGGUUGUAAAUCAGGACGUCGUCAAGGCUUUGGAGCAUCCAUAG